AGCCCGGCACAGAGCGGCGAGAGACCUAUCCACUCCUCCAUGCACCAUCGCAGCUCACUUCCCAGCCACACCCACCCGACGCAAGCCCACCCUCCCGCCGGUGGCGAAAACCCCGACCAACACCGCGCGCCCUCCGGCCCACUCCCUCCCCCGGCACCGGCACCGGCCGCCGCGCGCGCAGCGCGAGGCCGCGACUCGUGGCACGGCGCGCCCGUACCAUGCCGUGACGCCCGAAGCCACCAAAGAAGCCCGCUUUCAUCGCCUCGCCGCACAUGCACUUCCCCUCGCCGGCCGCGGCGCACCCCAUGUCCGCGCCCGCCGUCUCCUGCCUGCGCCUCGUCCUCCCCGGCUUCACCGGCCUCGUCUCCGCCUCCCUCAUCCUGAGCCGCGCCGCCCGCCCCCGCGGGGUGGCGGCCAGGUCGGGCGGGCAGGGCGCGGCGCCGCCCGAUUCGGCGGCCAUCCUGCGGCGGCCGGCCGCCGCCACGACGGCCGCGGACGAGCAGGAGAGCGACGCGGACGCCUCGUUGGGUUCUCCGGUGGAGGACGAGGCGCCGGAUGAGGGCAGGAGGAGGGGCGCGGAGAGGGAGUGGGUGGACUGGGAGGACCUCAUCCUCGAGGACACCGUGCCGCUCGUCGGCUUCGUGCGGAUGAUACUCCACUCGGGCAAGUACUCAAGUGGUGAUCGGCUGACUCCUGAACAUGAAAAAGCCAUUCUUGAACGAUUGCUGCCAUAUCAUCCACAAUAUGAGAAGAAAAUUGGAUGUGGUAUUGACUACAUCACGCUAGGGUUGCAUCCAGAAUUCGAGAACUCAAGAUGUUUGUUCAUAGUUAGGACGGACGGCGAGCAAGUUGAUUUUUCCUUCUGGAAGUGCAUCAAAGGCCUAAUACGAGAAAAGUACCCCUUGUAUGCAGACAGUUUCAUUCUCAGACAUUUCCGCAGGAGGCAGGAUUACUGAAAUAGCAGCUCGUACGAUUGUUCCGUGUAAUAUUUUGAUUUGGUCCACAUGCCUUAAUAUCAUCAUGUGAUUUUGCAUU